AGUAGUCUUACUUACGUCAGUUUGACAGUUUAUUUGUGGUCUUCGUUCGCCUAACAUAACCUAAAAACCUGCCAUACAGGACAUAUUUACAUAAAACCUAUUUCAAUAGCAACGACCUUUAGAAAUGGCGUGUCUACUGAGAGUUCCGCUCAGUACUCACUUGGCUGGUUUUACACGCUUGACGAGGCGCUUCUAUGCGCAUUCACCCCUCGUGUUUUCCGACGAAAUACAAACUGCUAAAAUAGAUAACAAGCCAAUUGUCGCUCUGGAAUCCACUAUUAUUACACAUGGAAUGCCAUACCCGAAGAAUCUAGAGACGGCCUACGAAGUUGAAAAUAUUAUUCGAAAACAAGGUGCCAUUCCAGCUACAAUAGCUAUUCUCAAAGGGCAGAUGACGAUCGGAUUAACUACAUCCCAACUCGAAUACUUAGCUCAAGCGAAGGGUGUCAUAAAAGCUUCCAGGAGAGAUCUAGCGACAGUGAUGGCGGAUGGCCUAGAUGGCGCCACAACUGUUGCAGGGACAAUCAUUGCUUCUGAACUGGCGAAUAUCCCAGUUUUCGUGACCGGGGGAAUAGGCGGAGUUCAUCGUGAUGGAGAAAAUACUAUGGACAUAUCAGCGGACCUUACUGAACUUGGACGCAGUAAAACAUUAGUAGUAUGCAGCGGAGUUAAAUCCAUUCUUGAUAUUGGGAAAACUCUAGAAUACUUGGAAACCCAAGGCGUUACAGUGUGUUCGUUUGGUGAAUCCAAACAAUUUCCAGCAUUUUACAACCGGCGAUCUGGACAUGAAGCCCCGUAUAAUGUAGUCAAUGCAGAGCACGCAGCUCGAGUCCUUCACGCUGCACGGACAUUACAUCUCUCGUCUGGUACGGUUGUUGCUGUGCCCGUGCCUGAAGAAUUUGCAAUGGAUGAAAAAAUAAUACAAGGUGCUAUAUCUAACGCCUUAGUCGAAGCUGAAAGAAGAUGUAUCCAUGGAAAAGAAAUUACACCGUUUUUGCUAGAUGCAGUUUCCAAAGCUACAGGCGGGGCCUCAUUAAAUACGAACAUCGCCCUAAUAAAGAACAAUGCUAAAGUAGGCGCUGAAAUUGCAAUACAAUAUGAAAAGCUGAGAAAGAGUAGUCCUGGAGCGGGCCAGAAGAGGAAAUGUAAUGGGUCAACAAUUACAAGGCAGCUCCAUACAUCGUGUAUACGUAAUACAGAAUCUGAAGAUGGCGACGUUUUGGUGAUUGGCGGUGCUAAUGUGGAUAGAACAUAUCGAAUCACAGAAGAUAAAGUACAAGUUACACCUCUUUGACACAGCCAUCUAUAGUUCCAUCGACUGUACAAUCAAUCUGAAGACAUCAGCUCAUUAUACAGAAUAAAUUAUGUAAACUCUUCUAACAACUGUAUGAU